AUGGCUUUGGCUGCUUCCCCCGCGGCUCUGCCCGCCGACCUCGCCGUGAGCAGCACGCUGAGCCAUGGGCUUCGCUCGGGUUCCCGGCAGGUUCUCCCUGCGAGAAAGGCCCAGGGUCGAAGAGGAGAUGUGUCAGAGCCACACUGCCUCACGUCCCGUCGCGCGGGCGCCUUUGCCGUGACUCUGGCGACGGCAUCGAGCAUGCGGAGGGGUCGGCGCUGCAAGCUGACCGCGACCGGAGAAGCCACUGGUGCUGUGCAGGAGGCUGUGGUGGUCGGCGCAGGCCCCGCUGGCUUAGCAGCGGCAUUGAUGCUGUCGCAAAGGGGCUGGAAGGUGAAGGUGCUUGAGAAGACAGAGGAUCCUGCGAGCUACGACCCAGGCAAAGGCUUCAUGUACCUGAUCGAUGGCCGCGGGCAGAAGUGCUUGCAAGAGCUGAACCCGGAGCUCUUCACGAAGUUGGUGGAGUCCUCCGUAGGCAUGGCGGAUGCGAAAAUCGGUGUGCUCACGCCGAAGGGCCUCACAGAGCGCGUGAAUCCCAUCAAGGAUGCCGCUCGCAAGUCUUACUGGAUACCGCGGCACGCCUUCGUUGGCCUUCUCCUCGAAGAAGCGAAAAAGAAGGAGAACAUCAGUCUGUCGGUGGAGGUGGAGAUCGACGAUAUCGUCUUUGACGGGCAGUUCCAUGUGAAGGGCACAUCUUCGGAUGCUCCCUUGGAGGGCCUGGCGGGAUCUUUGCUCGUGGGAGCUGACGGCUAUCGGUCGGUGGUCCGCGACAAGCUGGAGUCGUUUGACGGCGCCAAGGGGCACUUUGCCGUGGAUGCGAGAAGCUCUCCUUCUGCAGGCCUUCGGUACAAGGUCCUUACGCUCCCCGGCGAGUUCAAGUUGGAGACGCCGGCGGGGGAGAAGGAGUUCUCCAGCGAUGGUUUCUACGCCAUCCGAGGUGUGGCUUCGAGCAAGGCGAAACAGAAGCUGGGGCUCAUACCCGUCCGAAGUGAGUUCGGCACCAGGACUGCAAACCUCAUAACAUAUGAGGACGACGUGGUUUGGGAGGCCGACACUUUGGAGAGUUUCAAGGCCUAUGCGCAAGAGCAAUGGCCACAUUUUCCGCUCGAGGAGUUGGUCUCCGAAGAGGAACUUACACGGUUCGCGCAGAAUCGUGGCGGCAGGUUCCCAAAGCCACAGCACUGUCGCAGUGCCAUGUGGCUACCAGACGACAGCGAUCACGGCGCUGCAGUCUUGAUUGGCGACUCGCUACAUUCGCUACCACCAGACAUUGGUCAGGGUGUUAACAGCGCCUUGGAGGAUGUCACGGUGCUUGCGAGAUGCCUCGACACUGCCGGCAGAGGGGCGACGCGGAGCGCAGCAAGAGCCUACGAGGAUGCCCGCAUGCCAGAUGUGAGAGCUCUCAUCGACAUCGUCCAGGUCGCUGCUCCUUUCCAGUAUAGCCAAGCCCCCUGGCGCGGACGCUUGUGGAACAUCUCCUUCCUGACGCGGUUCCUUUUGAACAAGCUCGUCCCCAAGUUCUUCGACCUUCCGUUGUUUCUGCUGAUCCAGCAGUCAGAGCGCAGCUACAGUGAGAUCUGGCGUUUGGGACGCCGUGGCGCGCGACGGGCCACGCUGGUGCUGGGCGGCACCGCGCUGGCCGCAGGAGCUGUGGUGCGCAAGCUUCUCCUCGGAUGA